ACGAGUCCAUCCACCAGGCACAGGACAGAAGUCACCACCAAAAACAAAAAAACAGGACAUCUUUAUAUUUGAAUGAAACUGGCUGAGUUUAGGUCUUUUUUUUUUUUUUAAAUAAAUAAACUUUUGCAAGUGGGAUGGUACGCGGGUGCACAGGAGGCGCGUGCCUCCGGUUUAUAGAGGGGCGCAAGUCGGCGGUAUAUUUCGGCCUACUCAUUGUUGCUUACGUCGUUUAUCUCCUCGUCGGCGCCGGGAUCUUCUCCGUCAUCGAGCAGCCGUACGAAGACGCGCUCCGGCAGGAGCUCAGAGCGGCCCGACGGGACUUCCUGAGCAACAACACCUGCGUGUCCGACGCGCGCCUGGAGGAGCUCCUUGCCCGCACGCUCGAGGCCAACAACUAUGGAGUGUCCAUCCUGGGUAACGACACCCGGCGUAACUGGGACUUUGUGUCCUCCCUGUUCUUCACCAGCACCGUGCUGACCACAACAGGUUAUGGCCACACCGUUCCUCUCUCUGAUGGAGGGAAGGCCUUCUGUAUCUUCUAUUCCCUCUUUGGCAUCCCUGUUACCCUCUUCUUCCUCUCUGCUGUGGUUCAAAGGAUCAUGGUCGUGGUCACCCGUCGUCCACUGUCCUACUUCCACCGACGAUGGGCGAUGUCUAAGUCAAACCUGGCAGCCAUUCAUGCCACCUGCCUUGCCCUCAUCAUCAUACUCCUGCUUGUCAUUAUUCCUGCAUGGAUCUUUGUUACUCUCGAGAAAGACUGGAACUUUCUAGAGUCUCUGUAUUUCUGCUUCAUCUCUCUGACAACCAUUGGGCUUGGGGAUUAUGUACCCGGAGAAACUCAGAGUAAAGAGGUAAAGCCACACCCACAGUUCUACAGGCUGGCCAUUACCGUCUACUUGCUGCUGGGCUUGGUGUGUGUCCUGGUGGUGAUGGAAACAUGUUGGGAGCUUCCCCAUAUGAGACGCUUGAGACAGAGGUUUUAUGAAGAAAACUAUCGGGAGCUGGACUCAGAGACAACCAACAUCAUCGACCAUGAUCAAAUGAGCGACCAACUAUCCAUUGCCAAUGAUGUGAUAGAUCGCUCACCAUCCAUCCCUUCUGUACUAGAACAGGCUGCAUCCAUACGGCAGAACGGCAAUUCCUCGCCUUACACCCCAGCACCAGGAUCUGCUGCUAAUGGAAAACUGAGAUAACAGCUUGUGUGGGCAUCCGGAGUAUGUUUACUGCAAACUGUUCUUAUGUAAUUUUUCUCCAUGCAUGGCUGCACAGGACAUACCAGCUUUGGCCUCUUUCUAUGUCGAGUGUAUAAGGAGUCAAAAGAACUUUGUGUGUAUGUCAUCAUCUGGGCGAACUUGUUUAAAAAACUGGUUGCUCUUUGCCAAAACCAACAGACAUUUGUGGUAUGAAAGGAACCACCCAUAGGCUAUCAGAAUGAAAUGUUUAUCAGUAUGGCUUUGUUUACUCGCUUUUGCUGCGCCAUUCCCUGCAGAUACAGAUCUUGGCACAGAGGAAGGGCUGGGCCCCCCCAAACGGAGGGAAACCCCACAGGUUUCCACUUCCUGCCAAGUCUUGAUGUUGAAAUUCCAAACAGCGCAGUCUGCUCUUGAGGAUUUAACACCCACUCCUGGCACAUUUCCUAAUCUAUGGGGGUAUUUGCAUAGGAAAUUUGCCUUUGUGGAAGCAGUAAAGUGGUACCAGAAGAAUUAGGUGUGUCAUCAGUGAGCUCUGUGUACACUAUGCAAAGUGAAGUUCAAGGUCAGGUGAUGGAAAAGAAUGCAUUGUUUUUCUGUUUGUUUUUCUUCCUGGUUCCUUACAAGUGAUGAUUAGCCCUCUACUCCUGGUGGCCUGUAGAAAAAAGGGUGUGCCUUCUUGACACUAGAGGGCAGCACUUUCAUGUUACAGACGGAUUUACAUUGAGCUUUUACUUGGAGUCUCAUGCUGCUUUCUUUUUCUUUUUUUAAAUGUAACCAAGGUGCAAAAAUAUGUCAGCAUUGUUACCACUGAAGGAGAUGAUGGAAGAUGUAGAGUUUUAGUAGCACUUAAACAAAUUUACAGUUAAUGCUGAAGGUUUUAUGUCUGCAGUUGAUUUGCAUUUUUACUCACAUACAAAACAGUUUUAAAACAGACUCAAAUCAUGAGAAUCAGGUUAUUUAAAUAGUCUUUCUACACUGAUUUAAUCUUUUGUUGGUUUAUGGGAUUCAAUGAAAAACAAAACUUGUGAAAUUGUGUUCUUUAAUCAAAAAUCAUUAGUUUUUUUGGGGGGGGAGAAAAUGUAAAUGAAUGU